AUGGCGCCACGCAUUACGGAUUCUGGCGCAGUCGCCAAGACAUCAAAUGCGAAGAAGCGCCGUCCAGCCAAGAAGCCCCAGGGCGAGAAGACGUCCGAUCAGUACGGUGUCGCCUCAGACGAAGUGCGCGGAAGCGACAGCGACGGCGGUACCAGCGAUCAUGACUCUCGAAGCACUCCCCGUCUCAGCAAGCCCGGCGACAGUGUGCUACAUCUGGUCGCGAGCGUCAAGCAGCCCGAGCUGGACAAGAAGCAGAUCGAGGAGGACAAGAAGAAGCUCGAGCAGGAGGUGCAGGAGCUGAAGGCCGCACUCGAGAAUAAGGAUGAGGUCAUCGCAGAGACGGACAAGAUCAUCGCAGAGAACGACGAUGUCAUCGCCAAGAAGGACAAGGUCAUCGCCGAGAAGAACAAGACCAUCAACGAGCAGAAGGCCAGGAUCGGCCGCCGCGACUACACCAUCAAGGACCUCGAAGGCAGCGCCAUACGAAGAACUACUCGCUCGAAUCACCAGAAGCACAUCAUCGAAGAGCAGAAGAAGGUCCUCGACAAGUACGACCUGGGCAAGGAGGUGCCGCUAGAGCCACAGGGGGAGCUCAUCCCACGCGGCGCAUUCCCGAGUAGCUAUCGGCCAUCGGCAGAAGAGUAUGAGGAGAUGAUGUACCUGGCGUGGUUGGACUCGAAGGAGGGAGAUAAGCGCUGGUAG